CUCCAGCAAGUUUUUUGGAAACAGCAGAAACCUGUUGGAGCAGGUACGAAGCACGAAAAAGAAGCUAUGCCCUUCUGAAUCGUUUUGGCAGUUUUUUCUCCUGCACAAAGCAACCUUCUGUGCAAGAGGAUAAAGAAGGAGGGCAAAAUUACAGUAGUCUCUCGAGAAGGACCAAAACUCAAAGAUGCACCAGGGUCGCCUGCGUUUACGGCCAUGGCUGGAAGAACAGAUUAAGUCAGGGAGAUAUCCUGGAGUCAUAUGGCUAGAUGAAUCUGCUCAGGUCUUCCAGAUUCCUUGGAAACAUGCCGCUCGACACGGCUGGAAUAUAGACAAGGACGCCACUUUGUUCCGAAACUGGGCCAUCCAUACAGGGAGAUACAAACCUGGCAUAGACAAACCAGAUCCCAAGACUUGGAAAGCCAACUUCCGCUGUGCUCUCAACUCCUUACCAGAUGUCCAAGAGCUUAGAGACAAAAGCAUCAAGAAAGGCCACAAUGCUUUUAGAGUCUAUAUUCUACUCCCUAACAGCAAAUUGCCAAAGAAGAGAAAAGUGUCCAGCUUAGACAUGGAAGACGCCAGAGUCAGUUUGCCCGCAUUACUACCACACGCCAGUCUACCUCCAGAAAGGUUUACAGAGGCUUUCAGCAGGUAUAAGGAGGAAGUCAAAGGUGCUGCUUCUGAGAUGUUUGCUAAAAACUGCUACUCUACAUUACCGUCUGUGAAAGAAGAACGAUCAGCUCCUUACUUCCGUUCCUCAGCUAAUAUCAGCCCAUCAGCACACGAAGACCAAGCAAAUGCAAUGGAAUACCAGGAGCAGUCUGAAGCAGUUUUAAAGAUAGUAGAUCACCUACAGAACACGGACCACUGGAGCACUUUGCAUGAGCACGAAAGAGGCUGGAGAUCAGCAAAUUCCUGGAUGGAAGGUUUUUAUGAAAUAAUGGACUGUUCAAGCUAUCCCUUCCAGGCAGACUGGCACAAUCAUAACAUGACAAGUCAGUAUGUCUGUGAUAACCUGCAAGACAACUAAAUCACAUUCUGUAAGAACACAUGCAAGAGUGGAUUGUAAGCAGGCUAAAAGUGCAAUCAAAUCCAGAACACGCACUCAUGGACUAAAAAAAACUAAGCAUGGCUGCCUAUGUAUGAACAUUAAGAGCACUGAGAAAAUCAUUUAGAACAACUGUGCUGAGUAACUUGACAGUUGAAGACUUUAUUAAUACUAUAACUGCUUUUUAUAAUAAAUAUUUUUUAAAUACUUUAAAAUUGUACAUUUAUUUAUAAACAACCCAGGUGUGUAAUGAGAGGAAUUAGAACCUUGAGCCGAGUGUUUAAUUUGUAAAAACUCCUUUGCUUGAAGAUGUACUAACCAAAUGCAAAGUGUAAAAUAAAGACAGAAACAACAA